AUGUUUAAGCUUGAUAUUGAGAAGGCCUUCGACAACGUGAACUGGGACUGUUUAUUCAAGAUUCUUUCAGGUCUGGGUUUUUCGGAGAAAUGGAAGAGUUGGGUAAAGCGAUCCAUUUGCUCCUCUAUGAUUUCUGUUUUGGUUAACGGCGAGGCUAAAGGGUAUUUGAGAGCUUCUAAAGGUCUUCGUCAGGGUGAUCCCCUCUCACCGGGCUUGUUCGCUCUAGUUAUGGAUGUCUUGUCAAUGAUGCUGAAAGCAGUUAGGGAAGCUGGUAAAUUCGAAGGAUUUUAUAUGAACGAAGACUCCAAAAACGGCGAAGCUGCCCACCUGAUGUUCGCUGACGACACAGUGAUAUUUUACGACGCCAAUCACAGUCAGGUUCUGAAUAUUCUGGCUACUAUUGUGUGUUUGCAGUCCGUGACCGGUUUAAGGGUAAAUCUUGACAAGUCAGUGAUGUAUACUGCCGGCGAUGUGGCUGAUCCUAGUUUCUACGCUACUAUUUUGGGUGCAAAUGGAGCCGUGAUCCGGCGAAGUACCUCGGCUUCCCUCUUGGAGCCAAACUAA